AAAGCGACAGGACGUCGACACGAGCCGCAUUUCAGAGUAGUGAUAUUUGUAGUCCGGAAGAACAUUAGAGACUUAAGUUGAAGCGUGUCAGAUGACAUAUUAAGAGGGCAGUCUCCCCGGUGCAGCUACGCCUCUCGCCUGUCUCGGCAGCAGUGGCAGCAGUGUAGUAGUAAUCUGCCUGCCGCGCACUGAGCUCGCAUUUUGUGUCACGGUGCCACCGGGAGAGGGGCGACAGACUGCUGCGCGUCAGGGGACACCAACCAGUCACCAUCCUUACGGUUCAAGCGACAUCCCACCGCGGGCAAUGACAUUGGCAGACUGAAGUAGGAAUACACGAGACAACGCAAAAAUGACGGUGGACUUUGAAGAAUGUAUAAAAGAUUCCCCCCGAUUCAGGGCUGGCAUCGAUGAUGUGGAGACAGACGUGGUGGAGAUUGAGGCGAAGCUCGACAAGCUGGUGAAGCUGUGCAGUGGGAUGAUCGAGGCCGGCAGGGCCUACGUCAGCGCCAACAAGCUCUUUGUUAACGGCAUCAAGGACCUGUCCCAGCAGUGCAAGAAAGAGGAGGCGAUAUCGGAAUGCCUUGAAAAGUGUGGAGAAAGCCUCCAGGAGAUCGUCAACUACCACAUGAUACUGUUUGACCAGGCUCAGAGGUCCAUCAAGCAGCAGCUGCACACCUUCAUUAAAGAGGAUGUGCGUAAAUUCAAGGACACCAAGAAGCAGUUUGACCGAGUGCGCGAGGACAUGGAGCUGGCCCAGGUGAAGAACGCCCAGGCGCCCAGGAACAAGGUGCACGAGGCUGAAGAGGCAGCACAGGCCCUCAUCCUCAGCCGCAAAGCCUUCAGGCACCUGGCACUAGACUACGUACUACAGAUUAAUGUGCUUCAGGCCAAGAAGAAGUUUGAAAUCCUGGACGCAAUGCUGUCCUUCAUGCGCGCCCAGUACACUCUGUUCCAGCAAGGCUUUAACAUCUUGGACGAGAUUGACCCCUAUAUGAAAAAGUUGGCUGCACAGCUGGAUCAGCUGGUCAUCGACUCGGCCAUGGAGAAGAGGGAGCUGGAGCACAAACACGCCCUCAUCCAGCAGAGAACUCUGAUGCAGGACUUUUCUUAUGAUGACCCCAAGUUGGAAUUCAACGUGGAUGCACCCAAUGGUGUGGUCAUGGAGGGCUACCUCUUCAAGAGGGCCAGCAACGCGUUCAAGACCUGGAACAGGCGGUGGUUUUCUAUACAAAACAGCCAGUUGGUCUACCAAAAGAAACUCAAGGACUCUUUGACGGUGGUGGUGGAGGACCUGAGGUUAUGCUCUGUCAAGCCGUGUGAGGACAAUGAGAGGAGGUUCUGCUUCGAGGUGGUUUCACCCACUAAGAGCUGUAUGCUGCAGGCUGAGUCUGAGAAGCUGCGGCAGGCUUGGAUCCAAGCAGUCCAGGCGAGCAUUGCCUCUGCUUACAAAGACAUUGCUGACAAUUAUUACAUUGAGCGUUUGGACCGGACAGCCUCUCCCUCCACCAGCAGCAUCGACUCUGCCAGCGAGCCCAGAGAGAGGGCUGAUAGGGGAGUUCGGGGAGGCGGGGAAAGCCUCCUCCAGAGGGUACAGAGCCUGCCGGGCAACGAGCUGUGCUGUGACUGCGGCCAAACGGCUCCAUGCUGGGCCUCCAUCAACCUGGGAGUGCUGCUCUGCAUUGAGUGCUCGGGGAUCCACAGGAGUUUAGGCGUCCAUUGCUCUAAAGUGCGUUCACUGACGUUAGACUCAUGGGAGCCAGAAUUACUCAAGCUCAUGUGUGAAUUGGGGAACACUGUGAUCAACCAUAUUUAUGAGGGAGCCUGCGAGGAGAUGGGAGCAAAAAAGCCUGGACCGUCCAGUUCAAGGCAGGAGAAAGAGGCCUGGAUCAAGUCUAAGUAUGUGGAGAAACGCUUCCUGAAGAAAAUGAGUGGGAGCGAGGCUUUGGUGGAGGGUGAAAGGAAGUCCCGGCCCUGGACAGUGAAGAAGUGCCGGCGACACAACAGCUCUGUUCGGGCCCCCAACAAGGCCCGCAGGAAAUACCAUCGCUACGAGCCGGGCAACGCUUCACCUGCAAACCUAUCAGCAGCAGCUGCAGCAAAGUUUCGCCGGGACUCCCUGUUCUGUCCGGAUGAGCUGGAUUCACUAUUUUCUUACUUUGACACUGGAUCUGGUCCUCGCAGUCUUAGCAGUGACAGCGGCCUGGGAGGAAGCACUGACGGCAGCACAGACAUCCUGGUUUUUGGCUCGGUGGUGGACAGCGUCACAGAAGAAGAGGAGGAGUCGGAGGAGUCCUCUAGUGGCGAGGUGGAGAUCGAACGGGAAGUAUCUUCAGACCCCGAAGACCCUAGGGAGCUUCACCCCGGGGCGCUCCUCCACCGAUCCUCCCGUCAGCACAACCUGCCACUCAUGGCGGAGGCAUUGGCGCACGGUGCGGACGUACACGCUGCAAGUGAGGAGGAGGGCAAAACGCCGCUCAUUCAGGCCGUGGUCGGGGGCUCUCUGAUAGCUUGUGAGUUCCUGCUACAGAACGGAGCCGACGUGAACCAGAGGGACAUGAGAGGCAGAGGCCCGCUGCACCACGCCACCAACCUGGGACACACCGGUCAAGUGUGUCUGUUCCUGAAGAGAGGAGCAUCGCAGACGGAGGUGGAUGAGCAGGGUCACGACCCCCUCAGCAUCGCUGUCCAGGCUGCCAAUGCAGACAUCGUCACCCUACUGCGUCUAGCACGGAUGAACGAGGAGAUGCGAGAGGCGGAGGCUCCCUUGGGUCAACCAGGUCAAUACCACAGCAGCAGCCCCACUGAGCAGCAGUAUAGAAAGUGCAUCCAGGAAUUCAUCUGUCUCACAAUAGAAGAGUGCUAGUGGUCACUUCUUUAUCCAGGAGCAAAGCUCAUGCUCUCUCUCUCUCUCUCUCUCUCUCUCUCUCUCUCUCUCUCUCUCUCUCUCUCUCUCUGUCUGUCUGUCUGUCUGUCUCUCUCUCUCUCUGUCUCUCUGUCUGUCUGUCUCUCUCUCUCUCUCUCUCUCUCUCUCUCUCUCUCUCUCUCUCUCUCUCUCUCUCUCUCUCUCUCUCUUUCUAUAUAUUACAUAUACACACACCUCCUGAAUGGGAACCUAAAAUCCAGUUGACGAAGUUGCCCCUAGACACUGAUCUCAAGUCUGUUACUUACGUAGAUCUCGGCUUACGGGCAACUUCUUGGGAGUGUCUGAGGAGAGAGGAGCAUACCACUUGCACAUUAUGGGGGUGCGUUGUGUCAUAGGGAGACCCCUGAUGGACCUUUUUAACUCUACUGACAAUACAACUUCAUUUCUCUGCAUCACCACUAUGUUUCUGCUUGCCAUUACUCGGCAACACCCACGCUAUGCUAGCUACAUGACACACACCGUAAAAUUACAUCUGCUUUUUUGGUGAUUUGCUAACAGGGUCAUCCUCUAACUUACCAUAACAUGGUGUUGUAACCUCUUGUGUGAGGGUGUGGGUUUACUGUUGCCUAACAGCUCUUACCUCUGAAGACUCUCGCUGCAUUAACCCCCGCUACACUUUAUAUCUAUCCAGACCAUCUGUGUAACAUCCAAUUUACCCAUCUCUUCUUAAUUCGAGAUGUAAAUAUACGUAUUUAGAAGUUAUAUGGGUAAUCUUUAAACUAUGUGCUGUGGCAUGAGGUGAAAAACAUGGUACUUGUUCCAUUACUUAAAGAAAAACUGACGAGCUGCAGUAGAGCUGGGCAGGGUAGUUUCCUGUGUAUAAAGAGGGGGCAAGAAGGGAACGUUUAAUGUAAAACUGUGACAAAAAUACUGAAGGGCUUGUGGAGAAGAGACCCUCGCCUGCGUUGUAAGAUACUUUGUGACUUGAUGAGUGAGCGAGUGAGCGAGUGAGUGAGUGCAUGUGUCAAGGAAUACUGAGAGACGGAGCGAAAUACUAUGAUAUUAUGAUAUUACGAUACAUUAUGUAAAGGAAAAAAAGAAACUGCACUUUUCCCAUCUACAGUAUUAUCAUUUUUUUAUUUUUCAUCCAGUUGGUUUUUACAUUGUUCUUGUCUUGUCAAGUUAUUGUCGAUCUAUCUAUUGUCUAUUUUAAUUUCUGUCUCUUUAUUUAUGUUUAUCUCCCCAGAGGACCAGUGCAAUGAAUUCUUGGGUGCAGUUUACGUCUGCAUAUCCGUUAAUGAUUGUCAUUUUAAUCUGAAAGCAUUACUUGGAAUUCAUGACAGGAAGUCUUUAAAUUACAUCAUUAUAUUGACAUUUUGCUUUCUUGUUCCCUUUGGAACGGCCUUACAUUGCUAUGAUUAUUGGUAUUCACACCCUAAAAGAGAUUUCACUAGCGUUACUUCUAGUUACAAUGUACCAUUUCUUUUUAAUUGAUUGCAGUCAUUCGUUUGUCGUUGUAUGUGAGGAGGAGAACUUGCUAAGUUGUGACGGUAAUGUGCAGACAAACCAGAGCAGCAAGAAGUGAGUGAGUGUAUAAAACUGGAUUUACUUGUCACUCUUUAACAACAAGAGUGACUCAUGACACCUCAAUUAUGUUGUAAAUACUUAUCCAUGUUACCGUAUCUGUGAUAAGAUAAAGGAGCACAUUUACUUAGAACAGUUGAGACACGUGGGGUCAAAGGACUUGUUUAUCUGGCUUUUAUCUGCAGUGUUCUCUGCAUGCUUUGCCAGAAUUUAUUUUUGGGGAAAAGUUCAACAUCGUUUGCAUUCUGAGCAUGAUAAAAUACGUUCCUAUGGUUUGAUCACGUCGUGCAGUGCAGUCCUGUGGAAUAAGCAUGUACCACCAUGACCCCUCUGGUGUCAGAAAAAUCUUACUUUUUGCACCUCUGUGCCAUUCUUCCAUCCACGGACCGAAUCUGUGGUGACUUCCUCAUUCCUGUCUUCUUUUUCUUUUUUUCAAUACAAGCUUACAAACAGUGAUUACUUGUUUUUUAAUGUUGUGGUUUAUUUUCCUCUGCCAAAGACUUUUUAAAGGGAAAGUGUCUGACAUUGUUGUAUUAUAUCACCGUUAUUUUGUUUGUUUUUUAAAAACUGAAACUGUUCAGAGUAGAUACAGCAUAGUCUUACCAUGCUUUGUGAAGUGACAGAGUGGUAGAAACACUGUUGGUGUAUUCACAUGUUGAAAAGAGGUUACAGGAAUAAUGUGACAGACCUGAGAGACUUUGAUAUGGCAGGUGAUAUUCUGAAAUAGUUCAAUGUACUGCAAGUAGAACCAGUCGAGGGGGUGAUGUGAUGCUACUGUGACCAAUCUGUUAGGGGCCCUCGCUCUAGCGGAAGUAUUAAAUGUUGUGUCCAUUGUGUGUAUUGACGUAGGAGUGGUUAAAGGUGCUGUUCAAAGCAAACAUGCUGUAAAUAGUACACUUGUGUAUUUUAACUCAACGCCAACCUCCUGCUUCUCAGCAUUCAAUCACGGAUCCUGACUGUCUGACCUGGUUUCUGUUUGUCUUUUUAUUCUCGUCCCAAAAAAAACAACCUGUCAAGCAAAACUGUACCACAGUUUGGCGCUACUUGGAGGCGUUCUUCUGUUCACUGACAUUUGGAUAUCUUUGGAAUACUUUCUUCCUUGUCUUUAGAAGCACUGAGGGGAAAAAAAGAAAUCAAAAUACAUACAAUAAAAUUAAGAAACUCUUGAUGAACUAA